AUGAAAAAGAAUGACAGAAAUUUGAUUCAGAAGCGCAAAAUUACAAAGAGAGAAGGCCAGAAUGAGCAAGUUAUUUGUGAACUUGAUGCCAUCAAUGCAUGGUUAAAGGAGGCCAAUGUCAAGGAAAAAUUUGUGGCAAAGGAGAGAUAUGGCAAAUUAAGAUUGGCCAAUGGACAAAUUUUGGGUAGCCGUCUGAGUACUUCUCAGGUAGAUAACUCAUUGACCCGCAUGCAGAAGUGGUUCAAGGCUAAAAAUACCCAUGCCCAAGCUAGUUCCACUACAACGAAUUCAUUCUACAAGGUGGAACUGACAAACAAGACUUAUAUUCUGGUGGUAUAUACUCCACUUAUCAAUGUGCAACAAGUUCUGAGAACUCAAAUACGAGGGAAAUGGGAAAGCCCUACUACUCUGAAGGUCAUCGAGGCAAGCCAAAUUCUAGAUCUUGUUGGAAUAUGGAGUGCUGAGGCAUCUAAAAAUAUUUAUGUGUUGAGGAAACACCCAGGUUUGGCAAUGUUAAGUGCAGUUGAGUCUGGAAAAGGGGAUGAAGGUAAUGAUACAGAUGAUAGUGAUUCAGAUGAGGAAUAG